CGGCUGCAGCUGUGAACAUACAUGUUAAUAACCAAUAACCAGUAAGUCAAAAGACUGCAGAGAGGGUGGAAGACGAGGGGGGCGUGUCCACGCCCCCAUGUGAUCGGAAAUUACCCUUGCAGAGAGAGACAAAGUGCCAAAACAAGGGAAGCGGAGAGUUUGAGCGGGUCGCCCCGGAUUGAAGGAGCUGCUGCGUUUACUCAGCGACGCUUCACUUCGGUUUCUUUCUGUUCACCACAAUCAAACCCAGCAAGCCACCUUUAUAGCGAGCUGAGGGUUGUUCUGGGGUCAGACUGCUGAAAUGACAAAGGUGUGACAGCGGACAUCCAAGAGUCUUCCUGCUGGCCCGAAUCGAGUGACAUGGCUGCUGCAAAAAAGAGGUGUGCAAAGGUGGGAGGCGUCCGCUUCCCCGAGGAACUUCCCUCGGUCGGAGCGACGUCCCACGUUCAUUUUGACGAAAAGCUGCAUGACUCUGUCGUCAUGGUGGCCAUGGAGGAAGACGGCAACUUCAUGGUGAAGGUCGGCUUUCUGAAGACGCAGCAUCGCUAUGAGAUCGUGUUCACCCUGCCGGAGGUCCCAGCGGUGGGUAAAGAUGUGUGUCCGGCUCCUUUACCCAACCCACACCUCAAAAUCACCGACAUCUCAGCAGCACCAGAGGGAGGCCUGAAGAUAACGUGCGAGUACUUGGCCCUGCAGGAGGGGGUUCUCUGCGAGGAGGUGCUGCUGCUGAGCGAGAGCAGCGACGACGUCUGCAUCAGGGUCAAGGUUCACGCCAGAGUCAUGGAUCGUCAUCACGGCACGCCCAUGCUGCUGGAGGGGGUCCGCUGUAUUGGCACGGAGCUGGAGUACGACUCGGAGCAGAGCGACUGGCAGGGAUUCGACUGAACCCAAAGUCUCCGACUCCCAGUUGCACCUGCAGAAACACAAACACGCUCAUCUGCCAUGUCAGAGGUUUACACCCACCUUACGGCUCAGAAAUGUCACCUUCUCAUAUAAGAAACAUUAAACGCUUCCAUUCUGAUUUACACAUGCAGAUUAGUGCGCAGCAGCGUCUUUGGCUGCAGAGAUCGCCAUCCUGACCUCAGUGUUUAAGGUCAGACCUCAAUAUGGGAAACAUUCCUCUGCUUUAACGGUGUCAGAGCAUUUUCCCACCUGUCCCUGUUGUAAAGUGUGUUUUCCUUAGUGAGCCUGUAGAGGGCAGCAUCACCCUUCAAAUCAGCCUCCAAUCCUCAUCUGUUCUUCUUGUUCUCUGGCUCUUGGCACUCUUGGGUUUUUACUGUUAGGCGUACAUAAGGGCUCAUCCAUCAGCUGUAAAAAAAAUAAAUAAAAAAUGUAAUUCUGAAUGAAGGAAGAACUCUGACCUAUUCAGGAAAGUGUGAGCUAAUAAUGUCUGUUUAGUCAUAAGAAGGGCACUGCACACCACUGUAUGUAACACGGCUCCGGUCUGAGGACUUGUUUUCUACAGUUUAAAGGUUUCUGUAUCUGCAGGGGUUUUUUUAUUUUAUUUUAUUUAUAUGUGAAAUGCAUUUUUACAUUCUGUACCUGACAUUUCUGUUGUGGUCUCUCGGCUUUAACCUGCCCUCAUCAUUACUAUUUCAGAGUAUUUUUUUUGUUGCUUUUCAAUAGCGGCUGCUUAGGAGACCCUUAAAAAUGGGUCAGGGUAUUUUAGUGAGGUCAGACGAGGAAUGCACGCACGGCAGCCGUAUUAAAGGAAAGAAAAAAAUGACACCUCAUUACAAACUCUGCCGGUGGAUCUGCAGCCAUGUUUCACUGUAUAGUCAUUAUAAAUAGGUGAUAGAGUCAGAACUGAGGUGUUUUUUUUUUCUUCCUCAUCCUACUAAAUCAUUUUUAGCUGUAUUAUUUGAGUUCCCAGGUUUUACAAAAAUAAACUGUUUCAAUGAAUUACAACCAAAAUUCAAAAUACACUGGAAAAGUAAUAAUUUUACUGUAUUAAAUUGAAUUAAAAAUUCAAUUGGAUUCAGUCUGCAGACUGAAUUGAGUUAUAGUUAUAAUGCCAAAUGUUCUGUGAAGAUUUUUUAAUGAAAUAUCUUUGUUUUGAUUGGUGUUUUCUUUUUCCUGUUGCUGCCCUUGUUCGAGCCACCUAUCCUUCAACAAAUUCUUCCACAAUGUGAAUAAGAGGCACGUGUUUUUUUUUUUUUUUUACAAUUUUCCGUCUCAAGCGUGUUCAGGCUUGUUGUUCGUGAUGCCUGGAUUUAUUUACAGGUAUGAAAUCGAUCAAUUUUUUUUUUUUUUUAAACAAAAAGAAAGCGAGAACAAGGAUGUGAAGUCAGCCGAAAUGUGCUGAAUCGGUUCGUCGGUGUAUAACACAAAAACAAAAUUAGUGACAUCAAAGGCCUCAACUCAAUUUCAUGUUCGUUAAAAUGAAGACGGAUUUAUUUAUUUACCCAAGGGAAAAGUCAGGAGAAGCAGCUUAACGGCUCUGUGGAGAGUCCAAUCAGCAAUUCACUACAGUCUUCUGGUGACACAAACUCUUACUUUCAAAUAGUUGUAAUUCUGGCAGCAUUCGGGUAAAUGUUGUAAUUUCUGCUCCUGUUCUGACCAGCAUUAUUGCUUCCAAUUGAAACUAAAAGUUUCAUUCCUGAGGCCGUUUCUUCAAUGCAUAAUUAUCCGCUUUAAAAAAAAAAAGACUAAAUGUGAUUUCUGUCUUGCGUUGUUUUUUUAGCUGUCAAAUCUGACAUAUGUCCUUUAAAUAAGGCUGGAAUAUCUUCAGAGCCUUUAGAAACACUCACCUAACAAAAGUGCCUUUCAAUUCUCUGUCCAGUCUCCCUUUGUUUUGUAACUUCUCGCCUGCUCUCCUCUUUAACUCUCGGACAGGAGCACGGUACAUUCCUGAUACACUGAUGAAUAAAGCGUGUUUUGGACUUAAAAACAAAGCAACAAUCCGAACAUUUUUGCCUUCGUCGUCCGGAGCGCUGCCUGUAAACCAACCACUCAAAGCUCCCGCCCGUCUCACGUCAGCUUGCUUACAGAUCAAGUGCCAAGAUCACACAUCUCAUGCAGGUCCUCUUAACGUUUUCUACUUUGAGCCUUUUAUUGUUCCCGAAUGUAAUCAGCCUUUCAAAAUAAAACAAAACAAUCCGCAGUUUCUUCUCGUUGUUGUUUCACCACAAACUUCAGACUUUGUGGAUCUUUUCUCCAGCACAAUAGGUCAAUGUUCUCUGUUGGUGUAAAAGCAAAAAGCUUGGUAGUGUAUUUUAUUUUAUUUUUUUCAUGAACGUCGUGCUUCAAUGUGUGGAAUAUGUCUGUUUUAAUGUCAAAAGCAGAAUAAAUAAACAAGAGAGCCUGUUUGAACUUUC